AUGCUCGCGUAAAUAUCAUCAAUAUCAUAAUCAAUAUGGGGUGGUUGCAAUACGUGUAUCAAUAUAUAUAUAUAUAUAUAUAAUUAAGCUAAGCUCAGGUAGCAAAACAUUAAGCUUUUAUUUAAGAUGUACAUAUCUAAAGUACUAAGGUAUGGGCUUAUACUACCUCGAAAUCUAGUCCGAAACUUUUCGGGAUCUGCUUCAUUAGCAGCCAGUAGUGGAAUUGUUGAAGAUAUAAAUGAUCCACAUUACUCCAAACGACAGCAAAUACUUGAUAAUCUGAAUUAUUGGACUCUUACUGAUAUUUCUCGUAUAGAUAAACAGUUUAAUAUAUUUAAUAGGAGUGUUCGAAAAGUUCUUGAUUUAGGAUUUAUGCCCGGGAAUUGGACAGAUUAUGCUAAAAAACGACUACUUCAAUUUCAUGAUUUAGAUGAAGAACAUUUUCAUAAUAAAUGUCAUAUAGUUGGAUUUGAUUUAUUAUAUGGAACUCCACCUCCUGGUAUAUCAUCAAUUCAAGGUAAUAUAUAUUCAAAAUUAUCUCAUGAAAAUAUUUUAAAUCAUUUUAAAGAGAUUGCCUUACGAGAUAUUCUUAAAACUGGAAUAGUUCGAGAAGAUUCUGAGAAUUCAUAUUAUUAUAAAGAAUUAAAUGAAUCAUUACUAGAACAUGAAGUUCAAUUAAUUAAUUCAUCAUUAAAUAGAAUAAAUACUACUUGGGAUGAUCAAAGUUUAACUAAGAAGAAACAAAUUGCUAAUAAAUUAUUAAAAACAAUUGAUUAUAGACCUGAUGUUAUAUUAUCUGAUUUAGGUAAACCAUUUAUUCAAGCUGGUGGAUUUUAUAGUCAUACUAUUACUAGACCCCAUCAAAGAAUUGCAUCUAAUGCUCCAAUAAAUCGUAUAUCUGAUAAAUAUAAUAAAUCAGGAAUUGAUCUUGCUGAUGCUUCAUUAAUGGUGGUAUGUAAUACAUUAAAACCUCAUUCAAAAUUCGUUGUAAAAAUUAAUGGAAUUAAUAUUAAUGAUCCAGAACUUAAUUCUUAUAAGAAGAAACUUUAUAAAGUUUUUAAUGAAGUUAAUAUGUGGACUCCUAAUGAAAGUGCUGAAAUAUUAUACUUUGUAGGUUCUGAUAAGAAACAUGAUAGUAGAUACGAUGUUAACGAAAUAUUUUAAUUGUACAUAGAGACCUCUUUUACUAUAGGUAACUUAUUUUAAAUUGAUGUAUAUGAGAAAUAAACUAUAAAAAUGAUUUUUGGAAUGAAGGACUCUACUCAUCUUUAGAGUCUUCUUCAACAGGUUCUUCUUCUUCUUCAACAGGUUCUUCUUCUUC